UUUCCACUGAAGCGGUGCCAACCCCGGGCCCCCCCCUUGUUGGAUUCCUUGGCUGGGGCUCUGGGCAGCCACAGACAGCAAUGACCUCAUCGCCCACUGGGCUCCCUCCCCUGGCAGGGGCCUGAGGCAGAGGUGGGCAGGGGCAAGGGGAAGACCCUAUCAGACCCACCCUACAGGAGGCAGAAGUCACUACUCUCUGCCACAUGACUGGCCAAGGACUCCCCACCCCCAGAUAGGCAGAGCAGCCACAUUCCUGGACACACAUUCCUGGUUGCAGCCCCUGCCAGCCACCCUCGCUCCUUCCAGCCUGGGGACUGCUGCCCAGGCACUGCUUCCUGCAACAGUAGCCACAGGGGAGGGGCAGACAGGACAAGCACAGCUGGGAGCCCCCAGUGGGACAGGACUGACCCCUUGGGCUCUGCCCCACUGCACCUGCCCACUCAUGCCCCUCCCAGCAGGUCCAUCCCAGGCUCCCACAGUGUCCUAUCCACUGCUGAGAAUAUCCUUUUCUUCUCCAUGGAGAAGGAAAACCUCUAGGACCCCAAGACGACAUGGCCAUCCCCCUACUACAUGGACAGGAGUGUGUAUUUCCUGAGGAAUCUGGGGGCUCUAAGGAGGAACCAGGUCUUAAACAUGCCUGGUCCCCAGCCAGGGUUAAGGAGGUCUACAGGAUGCACACAGCAGGCAACAGGGCAUGGUGGUAGGUUCUCUGAAGCAAGAGGGCAGGAAUGAGUAGAGUAGGAGAGGACCUAGCAGAAGGCACGGCCUAUGCCAGGCCUAGAAGGGCAGGUGCAAGACAGACGGGAGAGGCUGGCUCACACCAGCGCCGGGGCUGAGGCACCCGGCCUGGCAGACGGGCCCAAGUGCACACGGGAGGACGAGACAGGGCGCGGCCAGGCUCCUGGGCCAGGGUGACUGGGUUAGCACGCUUUUAUGCCAGGGAAGCAAGCAGGGCCAUGGGUCCUGCUGGAGCCCCUUCUCACCUGCUAAGGAGUGAGCCACUGCAGUCGUGGAGACCUGACUUGCCACCCAGAAGGGGCUCCCACUUGUCCUGCAUUCCCCAAGAAAGAGAGAGGCUCCGAAGACCUGACCCGAACGUGGCGGUGGGAAGGCAGGGGUCUGGGGGUGUGAAGCAAGGGCUCAGGGAGGAGGAAGCCAGCGAAGGCAGAAGCUCACAGCUCUGUGGAGCCUCCGGCGAGAAGGGGCGGGGCGGGGGAGGAGCCGGACACCCUAUAAAGGCGCGGCCCGCUGCCUCCCUCCAGCCCGGUCGCACAUGUGCGCGCGGCGCCCAGCAGCCGCCACCGCGGGGCGCAGCCAAGACCCGGCGCCUCGCCCCGGCCCCGGGCGGCCCGCGAGGCCCACGAGGCCCGCGGCGGCCGCAGGAGGCGGCAUGAGCAGCGCGCGGCGGAGCUGACGCCGCGCCCCCGCAGUUCCAUGUCUUUCGCCAUGCUGCGCUCGGCGCCGCCGGGCCGCUACCUGUACCCCGAGGUGAGCCCGCUGUCGGAGGACGAGGACCGUGGUAGCGAGAGCUCGGGCUCCGACGAGAAACCCUGCCGCAUGCACUCUGCGCGCUGCGGCCUUCAGGGCGUCCGGCGGAGGGCCGGGGGCCGGCGGGCCGGGGCCGGCGGGCCAGGGGCGGGGGCCCGGCCGGGCCGCGAGCCCCGGCAGCGGCACACGGCGAACGCACGCGAGCGGGACCGCACAAACAGCGUGAACACGGCCUUCACCGCGCUGCGUACGCUCAUCCCCACCGAGCCAGCCGACCGCAAGCUCUCCAAGAUCGAGACGCUACGCCUGGCCUCCAGCUACAUCUCACACCUGGGCAACGUGCUGCUCGUGGGCGAGGCCUGUGGCGACGGACAACCGUGCCACUCAGGGCCCAACUUCUUCCACGCGGCCCGCUCGGGCAGCCCCACGCCACCGCCCCCGGCCCGCGAUGGCGAGAACGCUCAGCCCAAGCAGAUCUGCACCUUCUGUCUCAGCAACCAGAGAAAGCUGAGCAAGGACCGCGACAGAAAGACGGCAAUUCGAAGUUAGGAGUGGGCCCAUGGCCGCCAGGAGGCAGCUGCAGGGGAAGGUGGAUGCCCCCGGUGAGCCACAGAGAGCCCCACCUUGGACCCAACUCGGGCAACAGCCUUCUAUGAGCCUGCCCACGGGGCAGCCCCACCAGGCUGUGAGCAGGGCCCGUGGAAGACACACGGACAGGCAGCAUCAGGACUCUGAGCUAGCCCCAGCACCUGCCCAGGCCCACUGGAACUUUCCAUGCUGGCUUCCCGCCUGGGUUUUCUUCUGGUCGCCGUGUUGGCAUCUUGUGCCUUUUAUAUGAUAAUAUAAAGUCUGGAAAUUUUGUAAAAUUAAAAACAAAACAGUAUCUUCCAAAUAGAGAGGCAGACUGUCCUCCUGGAAGGUUUGGAAUUCACCCCUACCCUACGCCUACCCUCCCUGGGCUGAGUGCCCCCCAGGGCUCGGCCAACCCUCACUGGUGCAAGGCAGUGUGAGGCUCCUGGGAGGCUUCAGGGGCAGGCUGGGGUAGGGAAGUGAAGGACAGACAAAGCCCCUGCUCCACAGAAGGAGAUGGGUGGGCAGCAACAGAGCCACCCUUUCCCACCUGUGGGCCAACCAGGCACCCAGUGGCUCUUGAAAGGGCAAGAAGGAAAAGCUGGCCGCAGGGCUCAGGCCUCUCCCCAGCAGGCAGACGGCACCACAGCUUUGUCCACAGAGCCCAGAAAGGAGUAUGAGGCCCGCUGUGUGCCAAGGUCACCCCACUCCCCUGCCCCCACCUCCACACAG